GUUUGUUGCGAUCUUAUUUCAUCCUCGCUGGCUACCUUCGCUUUCCUUUUUGCUUUUAGUAGUGUGAAGGUCAGGAGGGAGAGAGGGUAUAAAAGGGAGACAGAGGGAGAGAGCAGGACGGAGAAAAGCACGAGAAACCUCGAAGCAAAACCUCCGAGAAGAGGACUGAGCUUGGCUGCAAAAAAUCGGUUCGGCAGCAGAUAAACUGUGCCACAAGGAAUCACUGCCAUGGAUCCUGCCAUAACAAUAGAAACCUUAAAAAAAGACCUUGCUGAAGUGAAGUCUGCUUUGGAGAAAAAAACAUUUGAAGCUGUUUCAGCUGAAGCUCAACAGCAGUCAAAUUUAUUAAAUAACAUCACAUUGGCAAUUGCCAUCACAGGAAGAUCAGGUGCUGGGAAAUCAUCUUUUGUCAAUGCCCUGCGAGGAAUGAAAGAUCGUGGAGAGGGUGCAGCUGAGACGGGGGUGACAGAAACAACAAUGGUGCCACAAGAAUAUUCACACCCCACAUUCUCCAACUUCAAAAUUUGGGAUCUACCAGGAAUUGGAACAGCUAAAUUUAGUGCAAAGGAAUACCUAACAAAGGUGAAUUUCAACAAUUAUGAUUUUUUCAUCAUCGUCUCCUCAGGAUGCUUCACUGAGGAUGACACCAACUUGGCUCUUGAGAUCCAGAAAAAUAAGAAGAAAUUCUACUAUGUGCGUAGCAAAGUGGAUAUCGAUAUAGAUAAUGACAGGCGGUCAAAAGGCAUCGAUGUGGGGGACACCCAUGAGAUGAUGCAGUCUGAAAAGGAAACUCUUGACGCUGUACGGAAAGAUAGCUAUGAUAAUUUGAAGGCGUUAGGUGUGUCUUCUCCAAGGGUCUUUCUAAUAUCAAGGUGGGAUUUGAGCAAGUAUGAUUUCCCCCUGCUUCAAGAGACCAUUGAACAGGAACAGGAUGAAAUCAAGAGAGAUGUUUUAAUUAUGUGUCUUCCGAUUUUAACAAAAGAGAGCAUAACAAAGAAAAAGGCUGCAAUGGAGCGGCUGAUAUGGAAAAAAGCCCUGGUGAGUUGUGGUGUUGGAUUGCUUUCUGGCCCAUUGAUCUCAUUUGGUUGUGACAUUGGUAUUCUGGUUUCGACAAUGAAGGAGAUCUGCAAAGUUUUUGGCUUGGAUGAAGAUUCCCUCAAUAUACUAGCAAAUCGUGUGGGGAAACCCGUUGAGGAGUUGAAAUCUGUUAUUGAACAUACCCCAAGCACCGGUAAGAUCACGACAGAAUUUGUCAUGGAUAUCUUGAAGAGGUCAGCAAUAUGGGGAACAAUCACAGCGGUAGAGCUGGUUCUGGAUUUCAUACCUGUGUUGGGGUCUCUCUAUGGUGGGGGCAGUUCUUUUGCUACCACAUUCUACUUGCUGAAGGAUUUCCUGGAAAAUGCUGUGAAAGAUGCAGAGAAAGUUCUGGCAAAGGCUGCUGAGCCUAAGAAACGCAAGUAAACAGCCAAUACAUCUACCUGGGAAGAGACAUCCAGGUACAACAUGCAUUAUCUCAUCUUUCUACCACAGCAUCAACCAAUUGCUUUCUUCACAAGUUCGACUUCCAGUCUUGCAACAUGGCAUCCUAGCAUGCUCCCUUUAUUACUCUUCAGCUCAGGACUUGUAGCACUGCCAUACAGUGGUACCUCGGGUUACAAACGCUUCAGGUUACAGACUCCGCAAACCCAGAAAUAGUACCUUGGGUUAAGAACUUUCUUUAAGGAUGAGAACAGAAAUCGUGCUCUGGUGGCGCGGCAGCAGCAGGAGGCCCCAUUAGCUAAAGUGGUGCUUCAGGUUAAGAACAAUUUUAGGUUAAGAAUGGACCUCUGGAACGAAUUAAGUACUUAACUCAAGGUACCAGUGUAUGUCAAAAAGUGGAAACCUGGAUACAAAAGUUAUAUAGCUUUUUGCUUAUUGGGGGAGGGGCAAAGUUAUAGAGAUGGGGAGGGCAAAGUUGAUGAGUUUUUUUGGCAAAAUCUCCCAAAACCAAAAGAAGUUUCUGAGCUAUUUUUAAGGAAAUUCACCCCAAAAAAGCAACA